CGCACAGAGAAAAGGCAGCACCGAAUCACACCACACGACACACACGCACACUACAGAAAACCACACCACCGAUGCAGGCAUGGCCCACCAACACAGGCUCGCGCCCCUCAUUCCGUGAAACCGCUCUCUCAAGCCAUGCCCUCGACAUGUUGCGAAUUGAUGAGUCUGUGGCCGAGCGGAUCUUGCACCUGCAUCAGCACAAGCACCAACAGCAGCAGGCAAGCACCACUGAGAUGAUGACGCACCUCGUUCAGCUGCUUUGCGUUGUGCGUGUGUGUGCAGCGCGUCUGUGUGGUCGGCGUGACGAAGAAGCACGAGGACGAAGGGAGAUGGACUGACUUGAUUGGCGCAUUCAUGUGAAACAUCAGCACACACACUUGCGGGUAUCAUUGUGCCUCUCGUGUGUGUGUGUUGUGAUUGCGUGUGCAGUUACCCGCCCCAGCGUGACGACGACGAGGCCAUCGAUGACACCGAUGUGCCCUCACUGCAGGACAUCACUGAUGGUGAGCCAAUCCGCCAGACAGACAGAUGGAUGCGGCCAUCCACCUGUGUGUGUCCUCCCUCCCUUCCUCCCUCCCUCUCUCCGUUCUUCGUUCAGCGCUGCCUUUGGGACUGUCUGUGGUCGGCACGACGGCAGCACCGACAGACGAGCACACACAACACACUGGUGGGCACUCACACAGCGAUGGAUGUCGGCACACAUCAGUGUCUGUUGUGUGUGAGGAUGACGUGCAGACGCUGCUGGGGGCUCGCAGUGCCUCGUGCGGCUGACUGUCAAAGACGGUCAGUCCGCACACAACCACACACAUACAUAGGCAGCACACAGUGAGUCGAUGGCGCCCACAUGAUGAGUGUGGGCGGUUUCUCACAGAUGAGUCCGUCGCAUUGGCGGAUCGCUUCACCGCACACACGAGCAAGGGCCUCUCCAUCCCAGUGUCGAUUGCGCCCAUUGUGAACGACUACGUGGCCUUGCGCGCGAGCAUGGAACUCUCGUGGGCACAAUAAUCUCUCUCUCAAUCUGUGUGCAUGUGUCUGUGUGUGUGGGUGUCGUCGGUGCGGUGUGGUGCAGGUGCGUCGGUGUGACGCCAAAGGACCUCAUUGCCCACCUGCAGGCCUUCCUGAGGCAAUUGGUGUGCGGCAAGGGCGACUGCAUGCGCCUCCUCAUAGCCGUGAGAACAAAGCCAUUGAUGCUGACAGACGCACACGCAGGAGUGGCCACACGAUUGUAUGUGUGUGUCUGUGCAGGGCAGCGACAUGCGGCCGCUGACGAUAAAGGAGAUUGGUAACCGCACACACACAUGGUGCCUUAAUUGCACAUUGUACCGAUGCGUGUGUGCCUUUACCUACACAGUCGAUGGUGCGGCGGAGUCAGACGUCGCCGCACUGUUGACCGAGCCAAUCGGCGAAUUGAUGUAUGCCCCCCCCCCCCACACACACACACACACAGAGAGAGAGAGAGAGAGAGAGAGCGAGAGAGAGAUUCCCACAUACAUACAUACAUAUAUACAAAUGUCUGUAUGUCUGCAUUUGUAUGUAUGUAUGUAUAAUGUACAAUGUACAUAUACACAUACACAUACACAGUAUAUGUAUACGUGUAUAGAUUAUGUAUAUACGUAUAAGUGUUGCGUAUUGGUGCCAUCUAUCCAUCGACUCAGCGAUCCAUCCAUGCCGCACACCCGUUCGUCACGCAGCCAUCGGUGUUGGUCUGUGUCUGUGUCUGUGUGUGUGGCGGUGUAGAUCCUCAUCAGCAGCGGUGCCGUCAACGACAGUGCCGAUCAUCCCCUGCAGCACAUACGCACAGCCGAUUUCUGGACGCCCCCCAUUGGCUAAGUCUUACCGCCACCCACCGGCGCACACAGACACAGAGAGGCCCUCGUUGAUGUGCACGACGGCGCACGGCCUGGCCGUCAUGACCCGAUCAACCGCUGUGCAGAAAGGUGCCGCAAAUUAUAAUCCCAUUAAUAUCGGCGCGUUAGUGCAAAGGCCUUAUGUGUGGUUUCUGUGUGUGUUCAGGUCUGUCUUUGGUGGGCCAGUCCCUGGUGCGUCAGCUGCUGAAAGUCAUGGCCGACACGCAGCGAUGGGGCCAGUGCGUCGGGUACUAUCUGCUGCAGGUGCCCUUGUGUUUGCUUGUGUACACCCAACACUCACACGAUGGAUGGAUUGAUAUCGUCGCUCUGUGUGUGUGUGUGUGUGUGUGCAGCCUUUGGUGCUGUCCCAUCCUCUGAUCCUCGGCGGUCCGCAGAUCGACACGCGAGAGUGGGUGUGGGAUAUAUCCGAUGGAGCACCCUCCACACCUCUCCCUCUCUCUUUCUCUGUGUCCGUCCGUCUGUCUGUCUGUGUCUGUUUAGGCGUCGCCUGUUGCUGCACCGCAUUUGGCGCCUCCCGAUGUACCCCUGCGUCACAAAAGAGGUAACCGGGUGGACGGGGGUCUCUACUUUUGCGAGUCCGGCGGUAUGCAUUUCGUUCACUCAGGCGGCUUUGCGUGGCGAGGGCGAGAGCAGAGUGACCGACGAGGGGCGGCUGAUCAAUGUGAGCUAAGAGCGGACGCACCCCAUGAGAGCUGCCUGAGUGGGGAAUGUGUCGCUGUGUGUGUGUGUGUGCGUUUGCCCGCUGUGUGCAGCCCCACAGGGCCCUCAUCCACAAGACACAAAGAUACACACAUGUGCGGAGCGUCAGAGGUAUGCACCUCUCUCUCUCUCUCUCCCCUACAGCUGCGCAUCUCUCUCUCUUUGUCUCUCUCUGUCUGUGUGUGUGUGUGUGCAGGAAGUUACGAGUACCAUCACUGCGGUCACGGCGGUGUGGCCGACAUCGGGUGGGGCGGCUGCUACCGCGCUGUCAUGACCAUCGUGUCAUGGUACACACGACAGGGAUACACCACACAGGUCUGCACACAGAUAGCAAGAGAGAGAGAGGCAUGCACACAGCAGAUCCAUAAUGGUGCUUGGGGCGCGUGUGACUCGUUCGAUCGGCCAACCACUGCAGGCCGUCCCUUCGCACAGUGACAUCCAGAGGGUGCUCAGGGCGCGAGAGCCCGCACACAGACAGCUCGCUAUCGGAUCAACCACAUGGCUCGGCUGUGUGGAAGGUCAGGCAGGCACUUUGUAGGAGUCACUGGUGUACCCCAUUCAUUGUGAGGCGUGUGCCCGCCCCCCACAGGGAGCUGUGCGCUGGAAUGGCUCGUCGGCAAGGAGAAGGACGAUGACGAUAAGUCGGUCCUUCUGUUCAUUCAGGUGAGUAAUUGACUGAGGGACACCAACACACACACACACAGAGAGGGAGAGAGACAGACGAGUGCGCGCGCGCGCGUGUGUGUGUGUGUGUGUGUGCAGGAUGCGACUGACCUGGGCAGCUACAGCCAGCAGAUCAGGCAGCAUUUCGUCGCACAGGGCACGCCCAUCCUCGUGGGCGUCGGCAGCCUCACACUCAUCCUGGUCGCCACGGCAACAGACACACACACAGGUGCACACCAACAGACACACAGAGGGAGAGAGAGAGCCAAAUGUCCCCCAUUGCUUGACUGACUGCAGGGGAGUCUUCGUAUCUGGUGGUCGACCCGCAGUACGCCGGCCCCGACCAUCAUGACGAUGCCGCCACACUCACCGCCAGCGAGUGCGUCGCAUGGCGAUCGGUCAGUAGCGUGAUGAUAUGUUCCCAACGGCACCGUUAAUGCGCGUCUGUGUGUCUGUCUGUCUGUCUGUCUCUGUGUGUGUCUGUCACUCGCCUGCAGGCCGAGUGGCUGGGCGAGAUUGCCGGCGGCCGGUUUAUGUGUUUGGCUCUGCCGCAGAUGAUCAGAGACCAACAGGGCAGGGCCAUCAUUUGACCAAUGAGUGGAUGGAUGGAUGGAUGGCGUGCUAAUUAAUUGAUAAGAGUGUCAGAGCGUCGAGCUUUUGACACGUCAACAGAAUCCGGCACACAGAGACGGAUGGAGCCUUGUACAGAGCAUACAGGCGAAUCUGCAUGGCCGACAGACAGAUAGACAGACAGACAGACCGAGAGACAGAGAGACAGACAGAGAGGGGUGCGUGCCGUGUGUGAAUCUGCACACUUUGACACCAAUGGCAAUCAAUCACGGUAUGUUGAUGAGAUG